GACUUGGCACCGCUGCGACAGCUUGCCAACGGCUUGACAGUUGACGUCUGUCGAGCACAUGGAAUAAGAUAAACAUUCUUGUCUUCAUCUCCCGCCAAGUAGAUCAGGAGGCAAUUUGUACGAUACAUUGGAAUAGAAACCUUAUAUUAAAACUUGCACGUUCUAGAUUAAAAUCGCACAGUAGAUUUAUUUUUCAUCAAAACUAGAUCAAUAUUUCUAGCAGAAUGGCAUCGUUACUAACUAGAGGAGCUCUCGGGACAAUAAUGCAAGGGGAGGAUAUUACUGGGCCUGUGGUCCAAGUGCUAAGCGUGAAGAAAAUCAACACUGGAUCGGGAAAUCCGGAUAAGGACCGGUACAGAGUGUUUUUGUCUGAUGGACAAUACACUGUAUCUGCUGCUAUGAUGACCGCUCCAGUGUAUGCAAAAGCAGGGGAAAAGGGCUUGACUAAGUUUACAAUCAUGAAAAUUGAGCGAUUUAUUACCAGCGUCAUAAAUAACCCGGAUGGGAGAGAUAGUCGUGUUCUUCUCAUUUUGGAUCUGCUCGUCCUAAAAGAUGGUGAUGAGGUAAACGAAAAAUUCGGUUCUCCCGUUCCAUACACUCCUGAUGCAAAAAGUAUUCCUCGUCCAAAUGGGUCUUCAGCUUCAGCUGUGAGUAACUCGACCGCCUCUAUUUCAAACGGUAAAGAUUCUGGACCCCCUCACAAAAUUCAAAAGCUGAAUCCAACUAAUGGUAGUACAACCAAUGGGAACAUUUCCAUUGCUGGACGAAUCACUCAUCCAAUCUCUAGUUUGAGUCCUUAUCAGAGCAAGUGGGUUAUUAAGGCAAGAGUGAUCAACAAAGGGGAAAUAAGAAAAUGGGAAAACGCUAAAGGAUCAGGACAGCUUUUCAACUUUGACUUGGCUGAUGAAAGCGGGGAAAUUAGGUGCACCGCUUUCAGAGAUUUGGUUGAUAAAUAUUAUGAUAUGAUCCAGGUUGAUAAAGUCUACUACAUCUCUAGAUGCCAAUUGAAGCCGGCAAAUAAACAGUUUAACAGUUUGAAAAACGAGUAUGAAAUGGCCAUGUCAAAUGAAACUGUUAUUGAAGAAUGUCUAGAUGAUGAUUUGUCUAAAGUUCAAACCCAAUACGACUUUGUGGAAAUCAGUAAAAUUGUAGAGUUGGAAGCGAAUCAGACAAUUGAUGUUCUCGGAGUAGCUAAAUCAACUGGAGAACUCGAGAAAUUCCAAGCGCGAUCAGGACGAGAACUCCAGAAAAAAGAAAUUCAGCUGGUGGACCGCUCCAACUCUUCGGUCACCUUAACACUAUGGGGUGCACAAGCAGAAAACUUUGAUGGAUCUGGGAAUCCAGUGAUUGCGCUAAAGGGAGCCCGAAUUUCAGAGUUUGGUGGCGGCAAAACCUUGUCUACCAUAUCAGGAACGCUUUUGAAGAUCAACCCAGAAAUAACGGAAUGCUACCAACUGAAAGGAUGGUUUGAAUCAGACGGCAUGAACGCAAAUGCAAAUGAUAUUAGCGCUCGAGGUGGACUGGGGGUUAGUUUCACUCCCCCGUGGAUGUCCUUCAAGCAGGUUGUGGAUCAGCAAUUGGGAUCCAGUCUUGAUAAAGGUGAUUACUACCAAGUGAAAGGCACUAUUUUGCUGCUGAGACGCGAAAAUUGCUUGUACAAAGCAUGCCCCAAAGACGGGUGCAAUAAAAAAGUUGUGGAUAAUGAUAAUGGCACUUACACCUGCGAAAAGUGUGGCAAAAGCUACGAGAACUUUCGAUUCCGACUUUUAUGCAACAUGAACGUUGGAGAUCACAGCGGCAAUCAGUGGAUUAGCAUGUUUAAUGAUGAAUGUGAAAAAGUGUUGGGUUUGUCUUCACAAGCCGCCGGCGAACUUAUGGAGGCCAACAAUGAUGCUUUUACCGACGUAAUAGAACAGGCUCAGUUUCAAGAGUUUAUUUUGAAAUGCAGAGUCAAAAUGGAAACUUACAAUGAUGAACAUCGAUUGAAAACAGUAGCUGUGCGUGUCGAACCGGUUAACUAUGAACAAUACAACGCUCACUUAAUCCAGAGCAUCAAAAAAUUAGCAGGCUUAAGCCGCUAGAAAGUUUGUAUGGAUAUAUAAUUUUUCUUCUUACUAUUUAUCGGUUGCUUUAUACAAUACCAUUCAAUUUGUACAUUUAUAUCUGCAUGCAUUUUUAAGAAAUGCGCAAAACGGUUUUGUUUACAUUGCAUUUUUUCGAUUUUAAGUAUUUAAUAAUGUAACAUCUUUGAAUUAUAAAUAUACGUUCUCUAUUUUGUA